CUUUCUCUUUUUGCCUUUUGCCUUUUCUUUUAAUCUUUUCUUUUUACAGAAAAAAUGCUAUGCAAUAUUUGAGCUGCCAAAAGGAGUUCUGUAAAAUGUGGGACUUGGCCAAAUAAAUACAUUACAAUAUUUGGCACCUGCCACAAAAAAUUUGGGAGGAGUUUGAAUUGAUUUGGAUUUUUCACAAAUGGAAAAGCAUUUAAAAAUGCUGAUUUGGAACUGCUUUAAUUCCGAGGGGAAUUUAGCUAUCUCAAAUGAUGUUGAAUCACUCAUGACAUUUAGUUAGUGAAUAUUUGCAACCCAGCGAACAUUUUUUUUUACUGUUUGGAGAAUUAAUUUAUUUGACUUUAUGUUAAAAUUGAAUUUGAAUUUGUUUUGAAUCAAAGUGAGAUUAGCAACAGUAACAGAGAUGAUGUGGCAUCAUUAGUAGGGGAUUACUGUAGCUUGAUUAUCCGGGUAUUACACACAUUCUCAUGUAAACGAGUAUAGCCGCUAAUGUUAGACAUUCUUUGCAUGGAUAUGUCUCUGCAAGUUAUACUUUGGGACAAAAAGAGGUUGUUUUGACUCCAAUUACAGUGAACUACGAUACUAGAUCAUACAAACACAUUUCUUUGGUCUGAAACAGGUACCCCUUGGAUCCCCAUGACUGCCUAUGGUCGAGUUACGACACAAUCCCAAACUGGGAUGAAAUAUCUGCAACAUCUGUCGUCCAGAAUUAUGUCACUGAUGUGUACGACGUGCCAUCAGCUGUUAUGCAAAAUGCAGCAACCUUACACCCCUCCAUUCCUAUUCGCCGAUUCUUUCUCAGGCUUUGUACAAGGGUUGGCAAGUUAUAGUGUCUCACUUGUUGCUACAGAAAAUGCAACUCUUACACCUAUCCUGAAUGCCAUGGAGAUGUACUUGGUGGAACCGAUAACUGAGGUCGCUACUGAUAGUGGAGAUGCUAGAGCCAUGAUGUCAAUCCAGGAGAAUUUUGGCGUGGAGAAAAACUGGAUGGGUGAUCCAUGUGCUCCAAAAGCUUUUGCAUGGAUAGGAUUAACCUGCUCCUAUCCUCCAGCUCAUGCCUCUAAAAUAACAGCAUUAAAUGUGUCUUCCUUUGGGUUGGCUGGUACCAUCUCUACUGAUUUUGGAGAUCUGAAUGCACUUCAGUACCUGUAGGUUCUCAACAUCAUGUCUCACUGUAGAAUUUUAAGGUGCCACAGCCUUUUUCUUUUUAUAAUACUAGCAAAAUUAACCGUGUUGAUGUUUAUUCCCUCUGCUUCAUGUUGUAGUCUUCCUAGGGACUGAUUGGCAAAGUUACCUAUGAAUCUGAAUUACUCAACUAUAUCUGAAACAGUUUACCCAGCAGUACAUGACAGACUGUUUUGAACUUCACAGUAGACGGCAGUAUAUUUCUUUAAUUUUUUGUAUCUGCUGUCAUAUAUCCAUGCAGUCUAAAAGUGUGGAUACUUCAAGAGUUUUUUGCUUCCUUCUCCCCACAAUCCACAAAAGAUAUAAUCCUAGAGAACUCUUUAAAUAUAUAUUACAUCUGUUCAUAAAUUCAUGAAUUCUGAGAAAGUGUGCAGUCAAACCUUUUAAACUUUGACUAUGAAUUUAUAUGAAAAUAUUUAGAUUGGUAAGGUAAAAUAGUAUCACUAGAUUCGUCAUGAAAAUACUUUAGUACUAGCAUAUGCGGACAAAAGGUGAAGGUCAAAGAUAUAGUUGGAGACUGUCAUUUUCUAAAACGCCAUCCUUUUACUAAUGGAGUUAUUUUGGAAGAGAAAUAUAAUUCUCUUCAUUUAUAUGCAAUGACUACCUUCAUAUUUUCCCCUCUUGAAUGCAAUCAAGAAGUGGAGCUGAAAAAUCAGUUCUGAAACUUCAUUAUGUUUCCCAAUUCCUUACUAGUAUUCACAAGAGCUGUUACUUAUUUGAGGGAUCUGUCAAACAACAACUUGUCUGGCACCAUUCCAAAUUUUCUUGGGCAACUUCCAUUUCUAAUAUUUCUGGAUCUGUCCAGCAAUGAUCUAUAUGGAACAAUCCCUGACAGUCUUCAAAAAUCCCAAAAUGGGACUCUGUCGUUAAGGGUUGGUAAUAAUGCAAAUAUAUGUGCCAAUGGUACUGCCUGUGGAUCAAGUCGAAAGAAAAUUAAUGGGGCACUUCUUGCUGCAAUAGUUAUUCCAAUCGUUGCUGUCAUUGCAAUAUUUGUUGUAUUAUUUCUUCUGCUACGCCAAAAGCUCAAGGGAAAAGAUAAGAGAAAAGCUACUGGUCCUGAAGAUGAAUCUGCGUUACUUGAGAACCGAGAAUUUUCUUACAGAGAACUGAAGUAUAUUACAAGCAACUAUAGCCAAGAGAUUGGCAAGGGCGGGUUUGGAGCUGUCUUCCUUGGCUACCUGAAGAACGGAAACUCAGUUGCUGUGAAAGUGCGUUCUGAUUCAUCUUCACAAGGGGGUAAAGAGUUUCUGGCUGAGGCUCGGCACUUGACAAGGAUUCAUCACAAGAACUUGGUUUCCUUGAUUGGCUACUGCAAGGACAAAAAUCAUCUAGCCCUUGUUUACGUGUACAUGCCCAAAGGGAACCUGCAGAAUCAUCUGAGAGGUUCUACUAGUAAACCACUCACUUGGGAGCAGCGUCUUCACAUCGCCCUUGAUGCUGCACAAGGUCUGGAGUAUCUGCAUAUCGCGUGUAAACCAGCAUUGAUCCACAGAGAUGUGAAGAGUACCAACAUCCUGCUGACCACAGAUCUUGGGGCUAAGAUUGCUGAUUUUGGCCUGACCAAGGCUUUCGGCGACUCGAAAACACAUAUAACCACUGAACCAGCUGGUACUAUGGGCUACUUAGAUCCCGAGUACUUCUGCAGUUAUCACAUCAGUGAGAAGAGCGACGUGUACAGCUUUGGCGUCGUACUCCUAGAGCUCAUCACAGGCCGUCCUCCUAUCAUCCCGGUCAGCGACAGCGUGAGUGUCCACGUCGGCGAGUGGGUGCAGCAGAGCCUUGACCACGGCGCCAUGGAGAGCAUUGUGGAUGCAAGAAUGGUUGGGGAUUAUGACAUGAACUCUGUCUGGAAAGCUGCUGGCCUGGCGCUGCAUUGCAAGCUAGAGGUCUCAAGGGAGCGUCCGACGAUGGCAGAGGUGGUGGCGCAGCUUAAGGAGUGCUUGGAGCUCGAGAACCGUCUUGACGGGAGGCAAAGAAGCUUGGGCUCGAACUUUCCUAGGGAGGGAAGUGCACUUGAGGCAGAAGAAGAACAACAAGGUGGGGAUAUACAAGCUGUUGCUGCUGGUCCUGCAAUGAGAUAGUUUUAAUCUUACAUUAGUGCUGCAGGUUAAGAGCCCCUCUUCUCUUAAUUUUUUUUCUGAUAAAACCACCGUCUGUCUCUGUAAAUCUCAAGUUCCUUGCAACGCUUAGAUGAAGGGGAAAGUAUAUGAUGCACCUGGCUUCAGUUCAUACUUUAAAAUACUUCAAAUAAAUCUGAGAAAAAGUUAGCACAUAA